AUUAAGAAGUUUCUUUUUGCCAAUCGAACCCUCGAUCCGUCUUCCCUCGUCUUAGUGAGAGAAAGGCCUCCCCAUCCCUCUCCCUCAAAACCCUAUUGCGUGAUUUGCAAUCGACCUGAAUCAUGGCCAACAGUAAUCUCCCUCGAAGAAUCAUCAAGGAAACUCAGCGUCUUCUCAGUGAGCCAGCGCCAGGAAUUAGCGCUUCACCUUCAGAAGACAAUAUGAGAUAUUUCAACGUGAUGAUCCUUGGCCCAACACAGUCACCUUAUGAAGGAGGGGUUUUUAAGUUAGAACUGUUUUUACCAGAGGAAUAUCCAAUGGCUGCCCCUAAGGUUAGGUUUCUGACAAAAAUAUAUCAUCCAAACAUUGAUAAGCUUGGGAGGAUAUGUCUGGAUAUUCUGAAAGACAAGUGGAGUCCGGCUCUUCAGAUACGCACUGUGCUUUUGAGCAUCCAAGCACUUCUGAGUGCACCAAACCCCGACGACCCACUUUCUGAGAACAUUGCUAAGCAUUGGAAAACAAAUGAAGCCGAGGCUGUUGAAACAGCAAAAGAGUGGACCCGAUUAUAUGCUAGUGGUGCCUAAUGCCGUGAUGGAAACUUUUGGCCCAAAAAAUAACCAUGGUUCAAAAAAUGUAUGCUAUUAGUAUUAAUUGUCAAUUUCAAAUGGAAAUUUGGAGGAAUUGGAGUCUGAACAUUUGGAGUUAUUGUUCCUCAUAGAUUGAAGUUUUCUGUUUUUUCUUUUCCUCUCCUGGAAGCAGUAUCUCGGAUCUUGUAUGAAUAUAUAUAUAUGAUAGCCAUUUAUCUGUCUCA